ACUCACACCAGGUCAUGGUGCCGUUCAUUAGGAGCAGGCAGGUAAGCAGUGAUGGCGUCUAAAAGAGGCUGAACGCCUUUGUUUUUCAGAGAGCUCCCGCACAGCACCGGGACGCCUUUCCGGGCCAGCGUCACGCGCCGCACAGCUUCCUGUAGCUGGAACAUCAGAUUUAACGCAGCGUGGUGACGCACUUCCUCUACGUAUCGGCUCCGGGGAUAACAACAUCAGAAGAGCCCCAGCCUGAAGCAAAAAACACCAAAAAACACCGUGCCUUCACUUGGCGUAACCACAAGCAACGUCUUUAUUGAAACAAGUAUCUUCCGAAGAACAACAUGCCUCAGAACGAGCACAUCGAGUUGCACCGCAAGCGGCAUGGCUACCGCCUGGACCACCAUGAGAGGAAACGGAAGAAGGAGAGCCGAGAAGCCCACGAGCGGUCCCACAAAGCCAGGAAGAUGAUUGGUUUGAAGGCCAAGCUCUACCACAAACAGAGACAUGCGGAGAAGAUCCAGAUGAAGAAGACCAUCAAAAUGCACGAACAGAGGAAGACCAAGCAGAAGGACGAUGACAAGACCCCAGAAGGAGCCGUCCCAGCCUAUCUGCUGGACAGAGAGGGACAGUCUCGAGCAAAGGUCCUCUCCAACAUGAUCAAACAGAAGAGGAAAGAGAAAGCCGGCAAGUGGGAGGUGCCCCUGCCAAAGGUUCGCGCUCAAGGAGAGACAGAAGUUCUUAAAGUCAUCCGAACAGGAAAGAGACAAAAGAAAGCCUGGAAGAGGAUGGUCACUAAAGUCUGCUUUGUUGGAGACGGUUUCACAAGGAAACCUCCGAAGUACGAACGCUUCAUCAGACCUAUGGGUCUGCGUUUUAAGAAGGCUCACGUCACACACCCAGAACUGAAAGCAACAUUCUGCCUUCCCAUCCUGGGAGUGAAGAAGAACCCUUCGUCACCACUCUACACCACUCUGGGGGUCAUCACCAAGGGAACGGUGAUAGAGGUUAAUGUCAGUGAGCUGGGCCUGGUUACACAAGGAGGAAAGGUUAUCUGGGGUAAAUACGCCCAGGUGACAAAUAACCCAGAGAACGAUGGAUGUAUUAAUGCAGUUCUUCUGGUAUAAGACUCUCUACCUGCCUGAUUACUCCUGUUUACACCAAGAGCAUUGAUUAACAGUGGACCUACAUUCACCAAACCGUUGGGAAGGUGGGUGGAGCUGUGAUUGGCUACGUCUACUGCAGCAAAAAGGACACUGAAAGGAAAUUGUUUGAUAUAAAUAAACUUGAAAUGCCACCAGA